AUGGUUGCAGAAAACGCUUCCAUUGAAUGUGAAUUCAAUGAAACUGGGGACCUAAGCCGGAGUCCCGGCCGGAGCCCCGGCGGCAGCAGCAGGGGCGUGGACAGCGGCGAAGAGGACGACGACGGGCCCAGCAAGACGCGGCGCCGGCGCACCGCCUUCACGUCCGAGCAGCUUCUGGAGCUGGAGCGCGAGUUCCAGGCCAAGAAGUACCUCUCGCUGACGGAGCGCUCCCAGAUCGCCGCCGCCCUCAAGCUCAGCGAAGUGCAGGUCAAGAUUUGGUUCCAGAACCGGCGAGCCAAGUGGAAGCGCGUCAAGGCGGGCCACUCCGGUUCCGGUGCGGGGGCGCGCGGCUCGUCCGGUUCCGGCUCGUCGUCGUCGGCGCCCAAGAUCGUGGUGCCCAUCCCGGUGCACGUGAACCGGUUCGCGGUGCGGAGUCAGCACCAGCAGCUGGAGCGGUGCGGCCCGGGGCUGGCCCGGCUGUCCAGCCUGCGGGGGAUGCCCGUGCCCGCCAACGGCUUGGGCACCCUCAGCGGCGCCCAGGCGUCCCUCGGCGCGCCCAGCGAGGCUUGGGUACGCCCCGAGAGCACCAAGCACGCCCCGCCCCUGGGAACGCCCAUGGGAACGCCCCUGGCCCCGCCCCUGGCCCAGCAACCGCAGCCCUUCCUGUGA